AUGGCGGCCACGCCCACUGACGAUGGCCACCGUCAAUCUCCGGCGAUUCCUCCAUCGCCAACAUUGACGAACCCCGAUAUGAUCCUGCCCGAGAACGAAGGCGAGCGCGAAUCCCAAACCCCGUCUCCGCCGUUCAAUCUCCCCUCUCUGUCGCAUCUGCAGGCGUUCUAUGGAUAUACAAAUAACAAUGAUAAUACACUUAAUCCAAAUAAUGAUAAUGAUAAUGAUAAUCACCUGGCCGUCGGCGGCGCGUCUUCUUCCGUUGGCGUCGCCUAUUCCCUCGCCAAUACUGGCAAUACUCGAUCCGCUUCGAAGAAGAACUUUUCGCGUCACACGGGCCACCGCUUGUCAGAUAUUGGGGAAGAGGAUGGGCCGGGGCCUGUACCACCUCCGCGGUCGUCGUCGCGGACUGGCCGGUUUCCGGUGAACGCGCCUUCUACGGGGCAAGACUGGCGGGGGAUGGCUGGUUCUCCGGCGAUGCGAAAUCGGACGGGAGAGGAGAGUGUGACGGUCAAUGGUGGUGGUCAGUCGUCGCAACAGUGGCAAGGGUCGGAUCAGAAGGCGGUUCCUGGGAAAGUGCAUUCGUUGCAUAUGGGUGUGAACGAUAUGAUUAACCCGAAUGCGAAUGGCCGGGGUGGUACACCGCUUGCGCCGGUUGCUGAGGGGGGCGCGCCAGGGGAGGAAUUCUCAUCGGUGAUACUGAGCAGUGAGGCGGAGAGGAUUCUGGAUAAUGCGAAGAAAAGACUUACGCUCAUGGAGGGCAACCUCACCAGAGCCCGUUCGUCCAUGCGAUCCCCGUCAAUGUCAGCGUCGGCGUCGCCUUCACCCCAGUUGGGACUUGGCCAGCCGGUAGGCGGGCUGUAUCGCACUAUAUCCAAUUCAGAUCGCCAAGCUUCCGCUGCCCUUCGUCCUCGUCCGAUGUAUAGCACCUACCAAGAUGCAGCCGGUAAUCGGCAUUCCCGAGUACUAAGCGAGACCAACCUCCCGUCGGGACAGAACACUUCUACCACCGAAGCCAAUGGCAUCUCGCGUUCCGUUAGUGCAAUGGGAUCGACCACCCUGUCUCGGGACGACAGGUCAUUCCGCUAUGAACCAACAAGGGCAUAUCUCACCCAUCGGGCCUCCACACCCUCAAUGCAACAACACCGAAGCUCGCCAGCCCUCAACAGCAACAGCUCGCGCUCGAAGCAAAGCACACCGACAUCUCCGACAGGACUGGGCAUUGUAUCAGACGGAGAAAACCAAACUAAGAUCAACAACAUAGACGACUUCAACUCGGUCUAUCCCGCAGAUCCACCUUCGCGCACGCAGUCGCAGCUCCAAGUGCGCGAUCUCCAGGACCAGAUGAAGGGCCUUCACAUCAAGAUCUCAUCGUUGAAAGUGAAGGCGCAGGAGGAUGGUCUCCGUCGUCGCAGUCUGCAGAGUCUGCGGACGCCAAGUCCUCUCACAGAUGCGGAGUCGUGGUAUGCGCGUGCUAUGGAAUAUAAAGACCGGCGCGGUCAUUUGAGCCCCAAUCCGACGGGUUCUCGUUUAUCGUCCGAGAGUGCUCGGGAAGUGAGCCAGAAGACGCCUAGCUCUAAGAGCCAGUCGCCGCGUACUGUUGAGAGCGAUGAGCCAGUAACUGCAAACGAAUCCAAGAAGACCGACACGAGCCCCCAGAUCAGCGAACAACCUUCCACCGAGAGCCUCUAUCAAGACGCAGAAGAGGGUGAAUUCGACGAUUCUGACGACACCGAAAUCGACCGCGAGGCACUGGACGAGAUUCUACGCGAACCUCUGGACGAUGAUCUGGACGAUCCUUUGGAGGGUUUCCCUGGGGCUCCUAAUCCUGACGCGACGCCUCAUGAGGAACGCGAGGAUGCGUUCGACUACGAGCAUUUCAUCCUGCAUAGUGCACUGGGUAACUAUUCGCGCUCGAAACUGCGUCGUGCCAGCAAUAUCUCCAAUUCGUCUGUUGAAACUACACGGCCGGUACACAACCGUUCUACGAGACAUUCGCGCGCAAACAGUGGAGCAUCGGUGUCUACCGAUGCUACUUUUGCUACUGCCGCAGAGGAGGGUGAUUUCAACGGUGUUCUGUACUGGGACCGGAAGUUUAACGAUGAACUCCGCGCCCGCCACCGCUACUCCCCCAACGACGAAGACUUCCCUGACCCUGACGCCCUCCCAGAAGAAGAAAUGGGAACCCCAAAAGCCACCCGCCGCGAACCCCCCGGCCGCAUCAGCGGCCACAUCCCCACCUCAACAGGCUCCCUGGAGCCACCACCUGCGCGCUCCGACUCUGCAACCACGGGGUCCGCAACACCAACGGCUCUCGCCUCGUCACUUGUCUCGACGGUGCGCGCAGCCUCGAGCAGUCCCUACUCGCCUAUAGAGCCGAAUACGGGGCUGAACAACGACGAUGAACGGUUGCUGGAACAGCUAUUCCAGAGUCUGGGGAAUGUGUGUAUGGAUCUGCAGAAUAUCACAACGGGCCCAGAGCCGGACGAGAAGACAGUAAGGGUGCUGAGAAGGAGACUUGAUGCAGCGAGGAGGGUUCUGGAUGGGGAGUUGGAUGCUUGA